AUGAAGGAGGUUCUUCAAGUGAUAAAGGAGCAGAGAAAGUCGCUAAUUGCACCGGUAGACACGAUGGGAUGCUCUUGUAUACCGUUCACAAAGGACGAAGAGCAUAAGAAGUUCAGAACACUGGUGAUGUUAAUGCUUUCUCAGCAAACACGGGAUCAGACAACAUACACCACGGUUCAUAACCUUAACGAAUCGCUGGUCAAGAAAUACAACGAGGGUAUUUCCCCACGUACCGUCAGUUUGCUUUCACUUGAUGAGCUCAGCUCGUCGAUCAAGGCUGUCAACUAUUACAUAAAGAAAGCCAAGAACAUCAAAAUAAUAGCUGAGUACUUUCUGGAUAAAAAAAUGGCGACCGAAUAUGAUGCAUUGAUAAAGUUGCCGGGUGUUGGCAACAAAAUAGCGUUUCUUUACUUGCAGAUAGCGUGCAAUAAAACUGUUGGAAUAGGCGUGGAUACACACGUGCACAGAAUAUUUAAUAGAUUGGGUAUUGUUACAACUAGGACACCGGAAGAGACUAGAAUCAAGCUUGAACAAAUCUAUGACAGGAGGGAAUGGAAGGAAAUUAAUAAGGUGAUGGUAGGCUUUGGGCAAACCGUAUGCCUGCCAAAGAAGCCAAAAUGCAAAGAAUGUGUCGUGAAUUACUGUUGUAAGUACGGUAGGAAGUUCAGCUUUUAGUACUAAAGAUAAUAGAAUCGUGGCUCGCCAGCAAAUUGAAUAUUCAUCGGUAUUUUAUGGUAGAAUUGAUGUGCCUGACCGCUUGAUAGGUGUAAUGCACCAUGGAAUGAACUUAAAGAAGUCUUCAAUUACCCAUGACGCGGUGUUUAAAUCAUUUAAAGAUUGGUAUAGAGGAUUGGUGCAAGGUGA